GGCAGAAGCUCUUCUUCACAGCAGAGUUCCUAGGCUCAGAAAGAGAAAACCUUAUUGCAAGGACAUUUUACUUCUGCUGUGUAUGAGUGCUUUUGUGAUGGACCAUCUGGACUGGCAGGAUUUCCUCAGAAUUCAAAGUAUGUUGUCUGAUUUGGAGAACUGGGGAUUGCUGUGAGACUCUGCAAGGCAGGAGUAAACAUAGACAGAACUGGUCCGCAGCUCUCUUAAUCUAGGUGGCAAGAAUGGAAGAAGCCUUGCCUUGUCUUGCUUCGGUGUGCAGUUCUUCAGCACUUAUGAACUUCUGCACUGAUGAUAGCAUUUCUGCAGCAAGCACAUCUGAUGUCCAAGACCGCCUUUCGGCUCUUGAACUAAGAGUGCAGCAGCAAGAAGAUGAAAUCACAGUGCUGAAAGCAGCUUUGGCUGAUGUAUUGAGGCGACUUGCCAUCUCAGAGGAUCAUGUUGCAUCUGUGAGGAAAUCGGCACCAAAUAAAGGUCAGCCAGGCCUCCGUGAAGCUAUCUCUAUGUCCUGCAUCACCAACGGGAGUGCAGGAAACAGAAAAACCAGCCACAGUCCUUCUGUGCCUAUAGCUAGAAAAGAAACUUUCUCCUCUGCUGCUAAAAGCGGUACGGAAAAAAAGAAGGAAAAACUUCAAGGACAGACAGAGAAAAAAGAGGACUCUCAUUCUAAUGAUCAAAACCCACAAAUGCAAGCAUCACCUUCACCAUCUCCCCAGCCCUCUGCACAGACUCACCCAACACACAGGCAGACCCCAGAUGUCAAGAGCUCUGCUCCAGGCAAAAGCGUAAAAAGAGCAUCAACAAUUGAGAAGUCACACAGUGCAUGGGAAAGUUCAGAAGACAAUCGUAAUAAACUAAUGAGGGCGACAUCAGCAUCAAAAUUAAUAUCCAAAAGUGGAAAGAAUGCAGACAAACACAAAGAUGUCAUCGUCAGCCAAGCAAAAAUGUCAACCCGAGAAAAAAACAGCCAAGAAGGCGAAUACAUCAAGAUGUUCAUGCGAGGACGACCCAUCACAAUGUUUGUUCCUUCAGGUGUAGAAAAAUAUUGGGAAAUCAAAACAGAGCUGCCUCCUGAGAAAUUAAAACUGGAGUGGGUAUAUGGUUACCGUGGAAGGGAUUGCCGAGCCAAUGUUUACCUUCUUCCUACUGGAGAAAUAGUAUAUUUCAUUGCAUCCGUGGUAGUGUUGUUUAACUAUGAAGAGCGGACUCAACGCCACUAUUUGGGACAUACAGAUUGUGUUAAAUGUCUUGCUGUUCAUCCAGACAAAAUCAGGAUUGCAACUGGACAGCUAGCUGGAGUGGAUAAAGAUGGAAGGCCUUUGCAGCCCCAUGUUAGAGUAUGGGACUCAGUGAGCCUGAUGACUCUGCAGGUUAUUGGCCUCGGAACUUUCGAGCGUGGAGUGGGGUGUCUGGAUUUUUCAAAAGCAGAUUCAGGUACACAUUUGUGUGUGAUUGAUGACUCCAAUGAACACAUGCUGACUGUCUGGGAUUGGCUGAAGAAAUCAAAAGUAGCUGAGAUAAAGACUACAAAUGAAGUUGUACUUGCAGUAGCAUUCCAUCCGACUGAUAAAGACACAAUAAUAACAUCUGGAAAAUCUCAUAUCUUUUUCUGGACUUGGAAUGGUAAUUCAUUAACUCGGAAGCAAGGGAUAUUUGGGAAAUACGAAAAACCGAAGUUUGUUCAGUGCUUAGCGUUUUUAGGAAAUGGAGACGUACUCACAGGUGACUCGGGUGGGAUACUGCUUAUAUGGAGUAAAACUACUGUAGAAGGCACAGCAGGGAAAGGAGCAAAAGGUGUAUAUCAGAUAAGCAAACAAAUCAAAGCUCACGAUGGCAGUGUGUUCACACUCUGUCAAAUGAGGAACGGAAUGCUGCUAACUGGAGGUGGGAAGGACAGGAAAAUUAUUUUAUGGGAUCAUGACUUGAAUCCUGAAAGGGAAAUAGAGGUUCCAGAUCAGUAUGGAACAAUCAGAGCCGUGGCAGAAGGUAAAGCAGAUCAAUUUAUACUGGGCACUUCCCGGAAUUUUAUUUUGCGAGGAACAUUUAAUGAUGGUUUCCAAGUAGAAGUACAGGGUCACACAGAUGAACUCUGGGGGCUUGGAACACAUCCCUUCAAAGAUCUGUUCUUAACAUGUGCUCAGGAUCGUCAAGUUUGUAUGUGGAACUCGGUGGACCAUACACUCGAGUGGACCAGGUUGCUAGAUGAACCAGGACAUUGUGCUGACUUCCAUCCAAGUGGAACAGUGGUAGCAAUAGGCACACACUCAGGAAGGUGGUUUGUUCUGGAUGCCGAAACAAGAGAUUUGGUUUCAAUACAUACAGAUGGCAAUGAGCAGCUUUCGGUGAUGCGCUACACCGUAGAUGGCACCUUACUUGCAGUAGGAUCCCAUGACAACUUUAUUUACCUCUACACAGUUACCGAAAAUGGAAGAAAGUACAGCAGAUACGGAAAGUGUACUGGACAUUCCAGCUAUAUUACUCACCUUGACUGGUCCCCAGAUAACAAAUACAUAAUGUCAAACUCGGGAGACUACGAAAUACUAUACUGGGACAUUCCAGCUGGUUGUAAACUAAUGAGAAAUCGUUCAGAAUGUAAGGACAUAGAUUGGACAACGUACACUUGUGUGCUGGGAUUUCAGGUGUUUGGAGUGUGGCCUGAAGGAUCAGAUGGAACCGAUAUAAAUGCUCUUGUCAGGUCUCACAACAGGAAGGUGAUAGCAGUUGCUGAUGACUUUUGUAAAGUCCACCUAUUUCAGUAUCCCUGUUCCAAAGCAAAGGCCCCGAGUCAUAAAUACAGUGCCCACAGCAGCCAUGUGACAAAUGUCAGCUUCACUCAUAACGACAGUCACUUGAUUUCAACUGGAGGCAAAGAUAUGAGUAUCAUUCAAUGGAGACUUGUGGAGAAAGUAGCAUUGCCACAGAAUGACAUUGCAGUAGAAAUGGGUACACCCAAAGUCAUCAUGAGUACCAGUGAAAGCUUAGUACAGCCAAGCACCCCUAUUCCUAGCCACCCAUUUGAUGAAAUGGCUACCACUGAAAGUGUAACUGAUGGUUCCCCAACAUCUUUGGAAAGUAAUCUGGAGCAAACAGUGGAAGUCAAUGAAGAGCAGAACGAGGAACAAAGUGAAGGGAGCAGUCUGGAUCCAGGUGAGCCAAAUUGUGAAGAGACAUCCAAUGAAACCAGUGAGGAGCAGAGCGAAUCCACUGUUAUGGAAGACCAGUCAGAAAACUCUCCAGUGUCUUAACAACUUUGGACAAUCUUUAUACUCGUUUCCCUCAGUGUGCAUACUUUGAUAAACGGGAAUUGGUUUCAAGUAGGGGAAGGGAAGCAGCUCCAAAUCAGGAGUCACUCCAGUUGCUGAGUUUCCACUGAAGGCUUUUUAGUGUGAUCAUCUGUUUUCAAUGCAUUGAAAUGUAAGGACCCGCCAUGACAAUUCCAGUCAAGAGCUGGUUGGGAUAGUAAGUAAAAUGUAACCAUAGAUUAAAUAUAAGUCUGCAAAUGCUGUCAGAAAGAGGUGUGAUACGAAUGUCUGAGAAUAGAGGGAAAGGAGGAAUUAACUCCAGCAGUAUGCUGAGGAGAGGGCAGUGCAAGGGGUGGAGUCUUUUGUGAAAGAACCUUUAAUUCCAAGCAAAAGCACCAAGUAAUACCUGCUAUGUGAUGCAUCCCAAGCACAAGCUCUUUUGGAGCACUCCUUUCUUUUUUUAUAUUAAAAAGAGAACGAGAGGAGACGAGAACACCAUCUCAGCAGAGCCGUAUAGGGGCACCAUGCCUAUUGCCUUCUUAACACCUAUGCAUUUUUCUAACACUACCAAUUUCUAUUAGCCUCCACACACUCUUCCCUCAGGUGAUGCUAGUUCUAAGAGAACUCAUAUUUUGGAACACAGCCUCAUUAUUCCCAGAUGAUGACAUUCUUAAAAGUCUGAAUUUAAGACAGCAAGCUCUGCUUAGUUUUCAAAUCCACAAUCACCUAUGAUGUCUUUUCAAGGAGUGACAUGCCUAGACAUAUUGAGACUUAAGAAUACCUACUGUGACCUUGACAUAAACUGACUUGAUUGCAUGAUGACAAAAGUUCUAAUUUCCUGAGUUAACCUUGGCCUUCUGAUACAAAUCUUCCUCAACAAGAGGCUAAAUAUCAGAGAACUACCAUCAAAUUAUGAAAUCUGGUGCUUGGGGAUUAAUCUAGUGAAUCAGUCACUUGCAAAAAAAAACUAUUUUAGGAUUGAUAACAAGAAUAACAGAAGAAAUCAAAAAGGCUCUUUUUUACAUCAUUUUUAAUAGCUGUAAUAUAAAUGUCUCAUUUACUUGGAUUAUGUUGGAUAUUUAGUGUUUUUCUUUUUCUUUCCUUGUGUGUUGCAGUGUGUGUGAGUGUGUGUGUGUGUGUGUGUGAGAGAGAGAGAGAGAGAGAGAGAGAGAGAGAGUUUGUUUAUUUUUCCUGCCCCAUUUUAUAAGUCAUGCAGCUCUGUGAUGGCUGGACCUGGCCAGUUAUGGGAUAUCAUGGCAUUUUAUUUUACAUUUUGGGGGUGGGGGGAGGACAUUUAAAAUAUAUAUAAGAGGGGAAAACCCUGUCAGCUACAUGUUUCUUAAGAAAACUAGAGUUUCUUACAUUUAAAAGAGUUUGCUCAAGAAAAUUCCUACUUGUUUAUGUUCUGAGUACAUAAGAUUUUUUUUAAAAAAACUGUGCUGAUAUUUUAGCAUUGAGUUAGAAAUUGUGUUUAGAGACUUUGGGUGAGUUUGUUUAAGUCUUAAGUGUGCAAGCGUUUACGUGAUUGUGCCAUUCCAAAGUGCAUCAGAACUGUCAUUCCCUUCUAGUAUCUUCUCAGGAGUAAAUGCUUCAGAUCAGGUAUCUAAUCUAUUUGUCAUUGGUAACAUUGAGAACUCAAAUGGACUCCCAAAGGACAGAUGCAGUGAGAGAGAGAGAAUCUCCUCUUGUUUACAUCCAUUCCAGGAAACCUCAAAAUAUCUCUCUUCAAAUGGAGAGAGUGGAUUCCAAGCAACCCAUCUAUUCUGUUAAAAAACAACAACUCUGUACUGUUAAAUAGUAACAGUAUUGGAAAGCUCUAGUACAUGACUGGUCACUUUGCCAAAUAAUUGCCCAUGGGUAGUAUAAAUUAUGGAUCUAACUAGUGUCCCUCCAACAGCAAAAGGCAUGUCCCCUUUUGUGGCCUCUGAAGCCCCCCCCCCCCCAAAAUCAGUUCCCCAUCUUGCCCAAGUUUUAGAAUGGUGUGAUUUGUGAACUAUUUUUGGCCCCAAAAUAACACAGAAGGCCCCCCAAACACAUGAAAAUAACCCCACCCCACAAGUAUCCCAGGUCCCUUAUUGCCCCCAAAUAUCUCUGUUUUCCUCAGCAGUCCCUCUCAAAAUGGCAACAGGAAGUGAUGACAAAUAAUUUCUUGGCACCAUUUUGAAAGAGUUGCAGAGGACAAUGAGGCUCUUGGGUUUGCAGGAGGAGUGUUACCUGAAGUGGGUUCUGGGUGAAAAGAUUGACCCCUGACUCCCACAUAGUUGCCCGUCCUUGCACUAGAAAAACAUGGUGUGAUUUUCAACCAUCUCCACACCACAGAUACUUUGAAAUCAUUCCCACCCCAAGCCUACCUUUAAAAACUGAAAAUUGUUCUGAUAGAUGCCUUCUCCAGGAAGAGGGAUACUAGUUGGAUUUGAAAGAAAUAUGUUAAGGUGAAGAACAUCUAGUAAGCAGAGUACUUUUAGUCAAAACCAGUGGCACAGAGCUCUCUUACAUCCGUGUUGAAUACCAUGAAUAUGCAUUUCAUUUGGCGUAUCUAUUACCUUGGGGUUGCCAUGUAAACUGAGAGUUAAUAGUUGUGGUUUUUCUCAUAUUGUAAUUCAAAUGAGGAAUGUGGGUUUUUUUUUUCUAAUAUGCAAAAAGAAAAAGCCUUACACCUUUCAAUUGCUGGCAACUACUGUUAAACGGAUAAUUAAAUCUGUGAUAAUGGAUGGAAAUGGGUGGGGUUGUAUUAACUGUAGAUGUUCUAGGAGAAAAUUGUGAAUGAAAUAUGAUUUAAGAGUGUCAUGUGAAGACAUUUGAGCCAUUUCUAUCUAUCAUGCAUUCCUGUCUCAUGGCAGAAAAAAAAAUCGGAGAUUUAAAAAUAAUAAAAAUAUAUAUAAUUA